AUGGCCGAACUUGACAAGAUACUCGAGCGUUGCACGGAUCCCAAAACCGGCACUCUCCAUGGCGUGGCCUUUGCGGCCAUUGAUGCUCAAGGCAACAUCCUCUACAAAAAGGCCGCCGGGAGUAUGUGCGUCGACAAGGAUCCGACCAAACCCCUGACCACCAAUGCCUUGACGUGGAUGGCCUCGAUGACCAAGAUGCCCAGUUCCGUCGCUGCGAUGCAGCUCGUGGAACGCGGCCUGGUCGGGCUGGACGACGAUGUCCGGAAAUGGCUGAAGCCGUUGGAGGACGUCAAAGUGUUGACCGGCUUUGAGGGUGAGAAUACUUCCUCCUACCUCCUCCAUCCUACUUCUGCCAUUGCCAGGUCCAUGACUCUGCCAAAUGGACAUCCCGUAUAUGAGGAGGUCCAAGGCAAAAUCACUCUCCGACAACUCCUAUCUCACACCUCCGGUCUCGCAUAUGACUCGUUACAGCCUACGCUGGGUAAAUGGAGCGACUACACACAGAGGAAAGAGACUUCUUUCACUGGGUCAAUUGUCGAAGCCGUAACCGGCCAGCGCUUCGACGAGUACAUGCGCGAGAACAUAUGGUCCAAGCUGGGCGCGACAUCGACGACCUUUCGGCCAUGGGAGUUUCAGGAAGUGCUCUCCCUCCCACCCAAACAGGAGAUGGCCUACCGCGCCGACGGCCCGCACGGCAAAGGACCCCUCACGCCCGCGGUGUUCCCGCACGCGUACCCGCAGAAGGACGACUGCGGCGGCGUCGGUCUGUGGUCGACCGCGGACGACUACCUCAAGCUGCUGGGGGCGCUCGUCGCGGGCGGAGCGCCCAUCUUCUCGCACCCCGAGACGGUGGACGAGAUGUUCCGGCCGCAGAUCGGCGAGGCCAGCCGCGCCGCCAUGAACGGCUACAUCAACGGCUCGUUUCGCGAUCUGUUCCAGAUCCUCUGGCCCGAGGGCAUGGAGGGCGAUCACUGUCUCGCGGGGACGGUGCAGACUGAGGACUUACUGGGGAGGAGGAGGAAAGGGACCGUCUGUUGGUCGGGGAUGGGGAAUACGCAUUGGUGGGUCGACCGAGCCAGCGGCAUUGCAGGCCUCAUGUUCACGCAACUGCUGCUAACGGGCGACAUCAGCGUCCGGGAGACGGAGAUUGAGCUAGAAAAGGCGCUUUACAAGGCCGUCGAGGCAAAGUCUUAG